AUGUGUUUAAGUGAGGGUGACCAAUAUUGUAGACAUGUUUUCCCACCAAUGAAACCUGAAAAGUUUUAUACCAACAUUAGAGCUUUCAAUAAUGCUUUUGCAUUUGCUUUGAUCAAGGCAAAUGUUGAUGAAAAUUUAGCCAGUAGAAGAAAUGAUGUUUUCACAUUCUGUGUAAAUGGUACAAUGUACCAUAAUAUUGGCUCACUUCGUUCUCAAGAUCCUACUACUGCAGGAUUUUCACAGAUUUCUUUUUGGAAUACAAACAAACAACUAGCAAGGCGUUCAACCUUAUUUUCUGGAUUGAAUCCUUCAACAAUCAAAACCAUUCAAAAUUCAAUCAAUUUGUGCAAUCCUUAUGCACACACUCUUAAGUCUGAUGUGGUGAUCCAGACACUCGGAUGUUGGAUUUAUCACAUAUAA